AUGCCUGACGGCCGACCUGUUGAAGGGAGCCUCUACAUCUAUGCUCCAAACAAGGUAGCACCAAUCUUCUUCGCGAUCGCAUUUGCGGUCUCAACAACCGGCCAUUUCUGGCAAUGCUACCAUUACAAGUGCUUCAAGCUCAUGGGCUUGCACUUGCUUUGCGGCCUCAUGUUCACUGCCGGGUUCGCGCUGCGAGAGUACGGUACUUUCAAUUAUCUGUUCGAGGGUAAUAACCUCAACUAUUAUAUCGCGACCAUUUCGUUGAUUUAUAUGGCCCCAAGCCUGGCUUUCAGACCACUUCUCGAGUUAGCCAAUUACCACAUCCUGGGUCGUAUCCUUUACUACGUACCAUAUUUUGCACCUCUUCACCCAGGUCGCGUUCUCACCACGUUUGGGAUGCUAUCUUGCAUUGUUGAGGUGAUGAAUGCGAUUGGCAUAUCGUAUAGCGUCAACAAAUCACUAUCGGAAGAUGUAAACAAAGUCGGCGAAAUCCUAGUAAAGGCUUCCCUCCUGGUCCAGAUCGUGGUAAUCGCUCUGUUCUGCCUGCUCGCAGGCAUCUUCCACCAGCGUUGCGCCAGGGCCCGCGUGAGCUCCCGCAGCGUUUCAGCUCCGUUAUUGACGUUAUAUGCCAGCCAGUUCCUCAUCCUAGCACGCUGCAUUUAUCGGACCAUUGAACACUUCGACACUUCGAAAGCGUUGGCUUCCCAAGACGUCGACCUUGCGACCAUCAGCCCUCUCCUGCGAUAUGAGUGGUUCUUUUACGUCUUUGAGGCGACUUUCAUGCUGAUCAAUUCCGCCAUGUGGAAUUGGUGGCAUCCAAGACGAUAUCUUCCGGAGAGUUACAACACAUACCUCGCGCAGGACGGUAUCACAGAGCUGGAAGGGCCUGGCUGGAAGGAUGAUCGGCCGGUUUGGCUUACCUUGAUUGAUCCAUUUGGUUUCGUCAAUUGGUCAGGAAAGAAAGAGAAGCCGUUCUGGGAAACUAAUGGAUAUUUUGCGGUCAAGGGUCACGACCCUCAGAAGAGCAACGUGUAA